UAAAUUUUAUAUUUGAUUUGCACUCGUUAAGACUUGGUAAGCAUAGCUCAUCUACAAAGGUGUUUACCAAAUUCUUGUCUAUGGUCGCGUCAAAUUGCUUCAGUUGUUGUCAAAAAGUUAGCAUGUAAAUCCUAACCUUCAAAUGUGACGCGAUGAUGAGAAUCAAGUUAUCAACAUUGUGCAACUUCUAUAACGUACUAAACGUGAAAAAAAUACCCAUAAACAAGACUAUUAAAACACGAUCACUUUUUACAAAUUCAAUAAAUUAUGAAUUAUCAAAACCAAAUGAAUCUACUGUCAUCGUACCUGCCGUAAAUAAUCCAACUAAAGGGCAAGAAGCGGCUGUAGUAACUACACAUUCAGUGAAAAAGAGACCACUUAGACGAAGAUGUGUUGUGAUGAGUACUGAAGGUACUCAUAUGGUUACAGCAUUUGCUACAGCAGAGCAAUAUGAUCUAGAAAAAUUAAUUGAUGGAUUGAAGAAGCAAAACUUAUAUGAAGCUCAAAGAUUUUUAUCUUCUGCGAACUAUGCUUGUUCUCCUGAUGUAAUUCAUGCAACUGCUAAAUUUCAAGUUGGUAAUGAACCCCGCAAUAUAUUCUUUUUUCGAGAAGGUUGUAUGGUAUUAUGGAAUGUAACUGACCUCGAAAGCAGUAAUUUGAUGUCCUUUAUAAAAGAAUUUGAAGAAGACAGUUAUAGUGAUGCUAUGGUUGAAGAAGAAUCUGAACAAAUGACUUAUUACACAUCUGACAAAGGGGGUAGAGCUCAAAUAAAAGAUAAUAUGUUCGUCUUAUCUAAUAGCAAUCCUGAAGAAUCACUUCUUGAAAAAUAUACAUAUUCAAAUGCAAUGGCGCUAUCUGUAAAAUUGGGUAUUUGGGAAGCAUCACUUGACCAAUACAUAGGAUCAAUAGAUCAUUUAACAUGGGAUUUGAAACGAGGGAAAAAAAUAAGAUUAACACGGGAUGAAAUGUUACGUAAAACUGGAGAAUUAUUUGCUUUAAGACAUACAAUGAAUUUGCGAUCAGAUUUGUUGGAUGUACCAGAUUUUUAUUGGGAUCGAGAUCAAAUGGAAAGAUUAUACACACAAACUUCUAACUAUUUCAGCAUAUCAAAACGAACAAAGGUUCAGAAUGAAAAAUUAAAUCAUUGUGUAGAACUAGCUGAUUUAAUUUCUUCACAUCUAAAUGAUAGACAUCAUAUUAGAUUGGAGUGGAUGGUAAUUGUAUUGAUCUUGGUAGAAGUACUUUUUGAAGUUCUUCAUUAUGCUGAUCGAAUUAUUGGCUGAGUUUUUUAUAAAAUUAUUUGUUCUUGUGAUUAAUAUUUUGUAAGACUAA